UACCUCUGAGAAAGGCCUCAGGGGGCCCUGCACUGUGAUGACCUCAUCCACUCUAUGACAUCAUCCUCUCUCCCACCCCCACUUCUCCCUGGUCAACUGCUCUGAAAACAACCAUCAAUCUGAAUCCCAAAGGCCUGAGAAAGUCUCUUCUCCAGUACCUGCUGCUGAUCCUCUGCCUUAGCCAGCAAGUAGCACCAUGAAAUUGGAAUUCACCGAGAAAAACUACAACAGCUUCGUGCUGCAGAAUCUGAACAAACAGAGGAAACGCAAAGAGUACUGGGACAUGGCCCUGACUGUGGACCACCAUGUCUUCUUUGCACAUCGAAACGUGCUGGCUGCUGUCUCUCCACUGGUGAAGAGCCUCAUCUCCAGCAACGACAUGAAGACCACCGAUGAGCUCUUUAUCACCAUUGACCCCAACUACCUGAGCCCGAUCACAGUGGACCAGCUCCUGGACUACUUCUACAGUGGCAAGGUGGUGAUCUCAGAGCAGAACGUGGAAGAGCUGCUUCGUGGGGCCCAGUAUUUCAACACACCACGCCUUCGAAUUCAUUGCAAUGACUUCCUUAUUAAGUCCAUCCGCCGGGCCAACUGCUUGCGCUACCUCUUCUUGGCCGAGCUGUUUGAGCUCAAAGAGGUAUCAGACUUGGCCUAUUCUGGCAUUCGAGACAACUUUCACUAUUGGGCCAGUCCUGAGGGCUCCUUGCACUUCAUGCGUUGUCCCCCUGUCAUCUUUGGCCGCCUGCUCCGCGAUGAAAACCUUCAUGUGCUCAACGAAGACCAGGCUCUCAGCGCACUCAUCAAUUGGGUGUACUUUCGGAAGGACGAGCGGGAGAAAUAUUUCAAGAAGUUCUUCAAUUACGUCAAUCUCAAUGCCGUCUCCAACAAGGCGCUGAUAUUUGCCAGCAACAAGCUGAUGGGAAUGGAGAAUAGCUCAGCCCAUGCAACCCUGAUCGAGAGUGUCCUGAUGGACCGCAAGCAGGAACGGCCAUGCAGCCUGCUGAGCUACCAGCGGAAAGGGGCUCUGCUUGAUUCGGUGGUCAUCCUUGGUGGCCAGAAGGCCCAUGGCAAGUUCAACGAUGGAGUGUUUGCCUAUAUCAUCCAGGAGAACCUAUGGUUGAAGCUCUCGGAGAUGCCCUAUCGGGCAGCAGCACUUAGUGCCACCGCUGCUGGUCGCUACAUCUACAUCUCUGGUGGCACCACUGAGCAGAUUUCAGGGCUGAAGACAGCCUGGCGGUAUGACAUGGAUGACAACUCCUGGACCAAGUUGCCUGACCUCCCCAUUGGGCUUGUCUUCCACACCAUGGUGACCUGCGGGGGGGUGGUGUACUCAGUGGGUGGGAGCAUUGCCCCAAGGCGGUAUGUCUCUAACAUCUAUCGCUAUGAUGAGCGCAAGGAGACCUGGUGCCUGGCAGGGAAGAUGAGCAUCCCUAUGGAUGGCACAGCCGUGAUCACCAAGGGCGACCGGAACCUGUACAUUGUCACUGGGCGGUGCUUGGUGAAGGGCUACAUCUCCCGGGUUGGGGUGGUGGACUGCUUUGACACCAACACUGGGGACGUGGUCCAGUGUAUCACCUUCCCCAUCGAGUUCAACCACCGCCCCCUGCUCUCUUUCUACCAGGACAACAUCCUCUGCGUGCACAGCCACCGGCAGAGUGUGGAAAUCAACCUGCAGAAGAUAAAGGCCAACAAGACGACCACCUCAGUGCCUCUCUUGCCCAACAACUGCCCCUUGGAUGUGUCCCAUGCUAUAUGCUCCAUUGGAGACAGCAAGGUGUUUGUAUGUGGGGGUGUCACCACAGCCAGCGAUGUCCAGACAAAGGACUAUACCAUCAAUCCAAACGCCUACUUGCUAGACCAAAAGACGGGCGAGUGGAAGAUCCUGGCUCCCCCACCAGAGGCACUGGACUGUCCUGCCUGCUGUCUAGCCAAGCUACCUUGCAAGAUUCUUCAAAGGAUUUAAACAACUUUUUAAGUGGGAGAAUAAGUAAAUGCAUUAUUAUUCACAAUUUAAUGAGAGAAAGAGAGG